GAUUCCUUCCUUUGUCAUUCUCUCUCUCUCUCUCUCUCUCUCUCUCUCUCUCACCUCCAUUUAAACUUUUUCAACCAGAACUUCUCUACCUUUAUCACGAGUUCUCCCUGAAAAUGGCUGAAACCAAAAAAAACAAAAAAGCAACCCCCAAAAUCAAAAGCCCUAACACUCUGAUUCAUUCUCUAUAGGAAUCAAUUAAAGCCACUUCCACCUUUCUUUUGUCGGUGCACCAAACUCAACUUUCUCUCUCCUCUUCCUCGCUUCCGGCGUGAUUCAAGAAACUUUCUGAAUCGCCCACAUUAUGAUGGAUCAUAGCUAUUUAUUGUCUUCAUUGUCACUUAGAUGCGAUAAACCUAGAUUUGAUUAUAUUCGGUUGCGAUUUUUUCCGUGAUUUAGGUCGAUGUUUCAUGGAGUUUAGCUGAAAUUUAACUCGUUAGAUUUAGGGUUAUAUAAUGGAGGACAUUGGAUUGGUUCAGCAAGGUUGGAAAUGGCUGCAAUCGCAGAAGAAGGCGUGUUCAGUUGCGAAAACAACGGCUAGUUGUAUGAGAGAUCGGGUUUGGGGAGCCAUUGAUAGGCAUUGGCCAAUGCUUUGCAAUGGUUGCAAGAAAUCAUGGGGAUUUGUGGUUAUGCUCUUGGUUUAUUGGAAGGAUAGCUUUUUUACGGGUUUUCAAUCGUUAUUUGGUCUUCAAUCGGCGGCGUUGCUGGUUAUUAUGUGGAGUUGUUUUUUGAGCUUGACCUCCAUUUCUUGUUUAGUUUAUGUCUUGAUUAGCAUGGCAGUUGCUGGAGUUGCUGUUCAAUACUUGGGCUAUACUCCUGGGAUUUUUAUUGUAGGGCUGUUUGCUAUCUUAAUUUUGUGGAUGUAUGCUAACUUCUGGAUCACUGGAAUAUUGUUCGUAGUUGGAGGUUAUUUGUUUUCCCUAAAUCAUGCACGAUUGGUGGUCCUGAUGGCAUUGCUGUAUUCUAUAUAUUGUGUGAAAGUACGAAUAGGAUUGGCUGGCCCUUUCCUUGCAAUUAACCUAGCCUUCUUGUCAAAUGAUGCUUUUAAUUAUCUGUUGCAAUGGUGUGAUACUCUAAAUGAGAGUACGCGUUUCGAGGAGCACAAAGGAUCAGAAGCAUUUACAGAGGAUAACUUUUCUGGAGAAUGUGAAUUUUCAAUUCCAUCUGAUGAAUCUGAAGAGCAGUCUGCGACUACUUCAGCUGGAAAAACAGCCAGUAAAACAUCUAGUAGAACAACUUCUAAUACUACAGCGGUUCUGAAAAAUCAGAAAGAAGUUUCUCCUAGUCAGGUGGUCAAAGAAGACAGAUGUUCAUCAAUUGAAAUGAAAAGGAUACUCAGCAGUGCUGAUCACUAUGAAGCAUUGGGAUUUUCGCGCCACAAGAAGAUUGAUGCUGUAAUUUUGAAAAAGGAAUAUAGGAAAAAGGCCAUGCUUGUGCAUCCUGAUAAAAAUAUGGGAAGUCCGCAAGCGAGUGAAUCAUUCAAGAAGCUUCAGUGUGCUUAUGAGGUAUUAGCGGAUUCUACCAAGAGAAGAGAUUAUGAUGAACAACUGAGGAAGGAGGAAUAUAAGAACAUCUCCCAAAAGUCUCCUAGCACUUCAAAUCAGGAAGCACGUGAAUUUUUCACAGAGGAAUCAAGGCGGAUACAAUGCACAAAAUGUGGCAAUUCACACAUAUGGGUUUGUACUAAUCGGUCUAAGGCCAAGGCAAGAUGGUGUCAGGAUUGCUGUCAAUAUCAUCAAGCUAAGGAUGGAGAUGGUUGGGUUGAAUACAAAGGAUCUUUGGUUUUUAGUGGACCUCAAAAGAUAGAAAUUCCACGUGCCUUUGUGUGUGCUGAAAGUAAGAUAUUUGAUGUGUCAGAAUGGGCCAUCUGUCAGGGGAUGGCUUGUAGACCCAAUACCCAUCGUCCAAGUUUCCAUGUAAACAUGGUUGGUUUGGAGAAGACAACUCGCUCAAAUUCGAGCAGAUUUCCUUGGGGAUUGGAUGCAGAAAUGAUGGAUGAAGAUGAAGAAGAGUUUGAGUUGUGGCUUCAACAGGCUCUAGCCUCCGGUCUCUUUUGUGAGACUUCAAAGCGACGAAAGACCUGGAGUCCAUUCAAACUAAACCAAAAAAAGAAGCAAUGGCGGAGAUCAUCUUCUGGAUUGACUUAAAACAAGAACUGAUUGUGAUGGUUAUUUGUGGUUACCAGCUCGUUAAUCAAUGAAAUGAUUGGUUAUCGAUUUUGGCAAUUUGUCACAAGGCAUUGGCUGUGCCUUAGCCUCAGCAACAUAUUAUGAGAAGAGGAUGGCUUUGGUUGGGGGGUAGUGUUGUACCAAGAAAGUGAAAAAUGAGUCCCGGUAUCAGUUUGACCCUUCCAACAUUGUAAAUAUGGAUGCAAUUCUAUGCAGCUUUGCUUUUCCUUGCCGAGAUUAGCUUGGUUGCGUUGCGGAUGGUCGAUGAUAACCCCAUGAGAGCAGUAUGCGUGGUUCGCCAAUGCUGCACAAUGUGCCCGCUGUACAUUAUUGAAAUUGUAAAAGAUGAUGUAUUAGUGUUGUAAUAAAAAAAAAGGAAGAACAAGACGAAGUUUUCUUCAAAAAGAACAUAAAAUUAUCAUAGUAGGCAGUCUAAUUUUAACAAA